CCCAGCCCCGGGCGCGGCGGGACAGCGCUGCGCCGCGCCGCGGGCCUCUCCUCGGGGUGGCGAGGCAGGCGCCCGCCCGCUGCCGCCGCCGCACACGCCGAGCUACCGUCGCACCAAGCACACCCCGCCCGGAGCAGCUCGCCCCCAGGCCCGGCGAGCGCCGUGCCCCGGCGAGAGCCGUGCCGCCCCCUGCGCUUCCCUCCGGCCCGCCUGGCGCUUUAAGGCCCCUCCCGGCCGCCGCGUUAGCCGGCCCGGGCCCGGUGGCGGCCGGCGGAGGAGGGGGCUCCUGAGCGGCGGCUGCCGGAGCCAACGGGCGGCGGGGAGGGGGGCGGGCGCUGCGGGGGUGUCGGGUUAGAGCGAGGCGUGACCCAGCUGACAGGCGCCGUGCGGAGCCGGGCGGGCGGGCGCGGAGCCGGGCAGCGGCGAGCAGCGCACGGCAGCGGCGGUCGCGGGCGGCGCGGCGUCUCCCCGCCCCAUCUCCUGUGAGCCUGGGGAACCUGCAGCUCAAAGCCGCCGCCAGCCACAGCACCAUGUACCCCGGCAACAAGCGGAAAAAGCUCUGGCGGGAGGAGAAAGAGCGUUUGUUGAAGAUGACCUUGGAGGAGAGACGCAAAGAGUAUUUAAGGGAUUAUGUUCCGUUGAAAGAUAUUCCAACGUGGAUGGAAGACGUAAAAAGCAAGAAUGAAAGUGAUGGUGAAAACACUAAAGAAGAUCUACAGGGGAAGAAAAGUCUGAGUGAGAAAGUCUCUCUUUAUAGAGGUGAUAUUACAUUGCUUGAGGUUGAUGCCAUUGUUAAUGCAGCUAAUUCCAGCCUUCUUGGAGGUGGAGGAGUGGAUGGCUGCAUACACAGAGCUGCGGGGCCCUGCUUAGUUGCCGAAUGUCGCAACCUGAGUGGCUGCGAGACUGGACAAGCGAAAAUUACUUGUGGAUACGACCUACCUGCAAAAUCAGAUCGAGUUUUACAACAGCAACAAAAGAUUAAAACGGUUUUAUACUGGGGACGUUCAGAGGAUGAACAGCACUGUAUUGUAGGAGAGAACUGCAGUCAGCUGUGUUGCCAUCUGGAUGUCAUCCAUACAGUUGGGCCGAUAGCAAGAGGCCAUCUCACUGACGCUCAUAAAGAAGACUUGGCAAAUUGCUAUAAAUCCUCAAUGAAACUGGCAAAAGAAAAUAACAUCAAAUCAAUUGCAUUCCCCUGUAUUUCAACAGGAAUUUAUGGUUUUCCGAAUGAGCCCGCAGCUGUCAUUGCCCUCAACACUAUUAAGGAAUGGUUGAGCAAGAAUCAUAAUGAGGUGGAUCGUGUCAUCUUCUGUGUCUUUUUGGAGGUGGACUACAAAAUCUUCAAGAAGAAAAUGAGCGAGUUUUUCCCUAUAGAUGAUGAUAAUGAAGAAGAGACUGAGAUGACUGAGGAGACGGAAGGAUUGGAGCAAAAAGGCCAGCCCCCAUCUCCCACAACGUGCAAAGCAGAGCAGCCUGACGAUCUUCAAAAUGAUGCUGAAGGUGGUAACAGCCCAGAAGAGAAGCAAAACACCGAAGAGACUGAGGGCCAGAGCCAAGAAGCAGAUGAGGCGAAGCCUACAGCUGUACCCAGCCUAUCAUCAUCAGAAGAAACAGAGCUGAGUGAGGAUAAAGACUCCCUGGAAGACCCCAGAGGUGUGCCAGAGGAUGACCCAGUGCAUCCCGUGGAGUGCGAACAAGAUCAAGCCGAAGGACAAGAGGAUGUUUCUGCCGAAGAGGAGAUGAAGACCGGGACAGAUUCCCAAAGCUCCUGCAUGGAAGUAGAAGAGCCAUUGUUGAACCAAAAAGACACAACAGAAGCCGAGAAACCUUUGAUUCCCAGUGUAGAUGAGGAUGAAGAAGAAGAAAAAGAAGAAGAAGGAGGAGGAGGAGGAGAAAUGCAAGAGAAAGAGGAAACUUCUGCAGAGCCUAUGAAAGUUGAAAUUUCUUCUGAAGCAGCGGAUGUUUCAAAUAAUGAUGCUGAAAUGAAUAGUCAGGUUGAAAGUAUAAGCGACCCUACAGAAACAGAGCCGGAAGCUUAACUAAUAGGAGCGCCACGCGAGACGAGGACGGCGGACGGCGGCUGGACGGCAGGCACCGACAUCGUACGGCAUCAUCGCGACUUCUUGGCAGAAAAGAGCACGCAGAGGUGCUCCGCGGGUUGGGAGGGGAGGGAGCUACGGGGAAAUGCCUCCUUGCUUUAAUUUCUCUUUGUUCUCCAUUGCGUUUUGUUCUGUAAACCUGUUGGAAAGAAGCAUUAAUUUCCCAGUUCUAACAAUGUUUUGCAACCACCCCUGCAAUUACAACCGUUUCUUCCGAA